CCGGGCUGUCUCAGUUUCAGUCGGACUGAUCAAAGAGCAACUCCCAACUCCCAUUCUACCAUUAAUUCUUGACCACAUCUUAACCCCUAGACCCUAACACUAACUCUAACCACCCCUCACUCCCAUUUUACCUAUGUCUUUACUCUCCUCUUUUGUCUUCCAUUGACAUCUAACAACCCCUCACUUUGAACUCUCAGUUCUCAACCAAACCAAGACCCAGAGAAAUGGCUACUCAUAACCUUGCUGUUAUCCUCGAAAACCCAUUCAACGACUCCCAGUUCCUCCUCCUUAAGCAAACUCCUCCGCCUAAAUUCGGCGAAGACGAGUACGAUUCUUAUGUGGAUUCUCAUCUCUGGGACUUACCUUCCACGCUUCUCAACCUCCAAGAAAACGCAUCCCACCCCGGGAUCUUAAUACAAGGCGAAGAAUCCUUCUCUGACAAGAUUGAUAUGACAAAAUUUGAUGUCGAAUUGGGUCUUAAUCGGGUGUUGGAGCAAGUGGGGUUUAAGGUGAGUGAUGUAGGGGAGUGGAGUUUGUUUAAGUAUGUGGAGGAAGCCGAGUUUGGACCUGGUUUUCCAGUUAACACUGUGUUUGUUAUGGGACAAUUGUUGGAUGGAAACCAAAGUUGUCAAGGGCUAUGUAAGUGGAUGUCUACUGAAAGCUGUCUUAGUUUGCUUCUGGAGGUGAAACCAUGUAAUGAUCGUCUAGGGCCUUUGGUAGUUGUUGGUCUUAUAAAUGACUCAUUACGUUCUGUGGCACGGAAAUUACCACCCGCCUUGCGUUAUCAGGAGUAUCCUCCUGGUGUCAUACUUGUACCAAUGCAAAGCAGGACUGCAAAGCCCUUCCAUACAACAAACUUGGUCAUAUUUGCACCUGAAAAUGUUUCAGAUACCUCUGGAGAUUAUAGCUUUGUUGCUUAUGGAGAUGCAUUAAUAGUGGAUCCAGGAUGCCGACAUGAGUACCAUGAAGAGCUCAAGAAAAUUGUCACCUGCUUGCCCAAAAAGUUAAUUGUGCUUGUUACUCAUCACCACUGUGAUCAUGUUGAAGGUCUUUCUAUUAUCCAAAAAUGCAAUCCUGAUGCAACACUGCUAGCACAUGAAAAUACCAUGCGUCGCAUUGGAAAAAGCGACUGGUCUCUUGGCUAUACCUCGGUUUCUGGAGACGAAGACAUUUGGGUUGGUGGUCAAAGAUUGACCGUAAUUUUCUCUCCGGGACAUACAGAUGGCCACGUGGCGCUGCUUGAUGUUAGUACUAACUCAUUAAUUGUGGGUGAUCAUUGUGUGGGUCAAGGAAGUGCUGCAUUGGACAUUACAUCUGGUGGGAACAUGACUGAAUACUUCCAAACAACUUACAAAUUUAUGGAGCUUUCACCACAUGCUUUGAUCUCGAUGCAUGGGAGAAUCAACUUGUGGCCAAAGAACUUGCUUUGUGGAUAUCUUAAGAACCGCAGAAGUAGAGAGGCUCACAUUUUGAAAGCCAUAGAAAAUGGAGCAGAAACACUGUUUGACAUAGUUGCUAAUGUGUAUUCCGGGGUUGACCGCAGUUUUUGGAUUGCUGCUGCAUCAAAUGUCAGGCUACAUGUGGAUCAUCUGGCCCAGCAAAAGAAGUUACCGAAGGAAUUUUCUGUUCAGAAGUUCCAUAAAACUUGGGUGCCUUUCUUUCUGAGGUGGACAUGUGCAUAUCUUAGUAGCAGGUUUAUGUUUAAGUGUCUGAAGCUGAAGAUUUCUAGAUUUCUUAUUGCUGGGACAGUGGCUGGCAUUGCUGUAUAUUUAAUCAGGUAAAAGCAUGCUUAGAUCUGAAUAAGAGAGGUAAAGGUGUGUGAAGCAUGCUUGGAGCUCGUGACAGGCUCUGCCAUCGCUUAAGGCAUUCAUCUAGUGAUAAUUCAAGAAUAAGUAUUAUUUUUAUACUUUCUAGCAUGGAAAGGAAUCGCUAAAAUGGGUUGUUGGAGCAAGAAUCUGUGGUAGAUAUUGAUAUAUUAUAUUGUGAUGUUGAUAUGAUAAGUUAAUUGAUGCUUAUGACAUCAUAUAUCACCAUGUGAAGAAUACAUGACAAGAGGAAGAAAAUAUCUUUCA